AUGAUUCCAGAUAUAAAUUUCAUCUCAGUGAGCCAAAAAUCAUCAUCCGUGUCGUUUCCAUUUCACAAUCUCACACAGCACUCACGUCAAAAACACGACGAACGUCGUUUACUGACAGGGCGCAAUCAUAGAUUGCAACAUUAUCAACCGAAAAAAGAAGCAGAAAUGUUGAUAGACAAACAACCAGGUGACAUGGGAGAGCCACUUGUCAAAUUCCCGGUUGUAACAUUUAUUCAGAAAUAUGCUAGCAACGAUACACGAUUGAUUCCUCCGGCAAAUAGUAGCACACUGCAAAACAUCGCAUUUCCUGUUUUGCCAAACAGUGAAGUUCAUCGGAAUAGAAGGAGGAAAUUAUCGAAUAAUACCGGAGCAUCUGAGGAGGAUAAUGAUGAUGAUAAGAAAGAUGAGGAUGACAACAAUGAAUUAAAUAACAAUGCGAUUGAUGUGGAGUUGGAAAUUCGACGAAAAAUGGAGCGUACCACAAUGGAAGUUCGCAACUAUCCUCCCGUUACCCAAGCUAGUCCAUCUUCUAUUACUGCAAUUGAUCCUGAACAUGUUUCCGGUUUAUCCAUUCUAGUAACUUCCACUCCGUUACCUUUCAUCCCUGCUCAUCCAUUUUCGUAUGAUCUUGAUUUUGGAAUCCGUACAACGGUUUCAUAUGCAAUCCAUACUUCAUCCUUACCUUCAUCCACCCUUCAAGAUCAACGCCACAAUCAGGAAGUGAUACAGCAACCGAACAUCACAGAAUUAUCCGCAAUUCCUUCUUUCAUAACUGCCUUGCAAUCGGUUGCACUACCGAUAUCACUGAGUAAACCUGAAACAUCAUUCAAUCUUUUUGAUACUCAAUUACAAAAUUCUGGAAUUGGUGCAGUAAUCAGUGAUGGUCAUUUUCGGAAUUCAGAUAGUGCUGAUUCAAAAAGUAUCGAUGGUGCAAUUGGACAACAACAUCAAUUACCGGAGAAAAUUCCGACGCAAAUGCAAAUGAAUCUCCGGGAGUACGAGCCGGUGGAUGAUGUGUUAGGCUGUACGUGGGAUAUCGUUACCAAUAGUUGCAAAGAUUUGUUUUCUUUAAAACUCUGUUCACAUUGCCAUGAUUUUGGAAAUAUUUUUCUGCACAAUUGUAAAUGUCUUGUGAAAUAUACAACGACAUUUUGA